AUGGAAGUCAAACAUUGGAUAUCGAAAGCAAUCAACAAGCAUCGAAAAUCGAAUCCUUCAAAUCGGAUGGUUGGAAGUUGUAAAGGCAUGUCAGGCCAUAGUGAAAUGCCACAAGCAAAUAAAGAAGCACCAAAAGUGGAAGACUCCAUGCACAUCUCAUCUUCUCCAGUAGGUUGGGUACUCCGUGGAGUUGCUCUCUGA